UCUGGUGCGGGAUAAACAAGAUGGCGACGUGAAGGUGGGAGGGCGCACAACGAUGGCAGUGGACAAAUCUCUUCCAGUCGAGGUUUCCCCUCCUAGGGAACACGAAAUCAUGGAUCACAUGGGACACAUGGACGAGAUGCAAUUUAUCAACGACGAGGAAACCGGGAUACCGUUUUUCCAUCGCGUGGACUCGGCAGAUUUGGUCUUGUACGCGCCGCGAAAAAAGCGAGCGAAAAUGAUAGGGAAGUAUCUGAUGGGUGACUUGCUGGGGGAGGGGUCUUACGGAAAAGUAAAAGAAAUGCUGGAUUCGGAGAAUCUGUGUCGAAGAGCCGUGAAGAUCCUCAAGAAGAAGAAGCUGAGGAAGAUUCCAAACGGUGAACAGAAUGUUAAAAGAGAAAUCCAGCUGUUGCGGAAGCUGAGACAUAAGAACAUCAUCAACCUGGUGGACGUACUGUACAACGAGGAGAAACAGAAAAUGUACCUAGUGAUGGAGUACUGUGUAGGAGGACUACAGGAGAUGUUAGAGAGCGCACCGGGCAAGAAGUUUCCCAUCUGGCAAGCCCAUGGGUAUUUCUGCCAGUUGCUGGAAGGCUUGUGUUACCUGCACAGUCAGGGGAUCAUCCAUAAAGACAUCAAACCUGGGAACCUGCUCCUGGCCACCGACGGGACACUCAAGAUCACCGACCUGGGGGUCGCAGAGCAACUGGACCUGUACACCCCCGGCGAUGUUUGUCGGACAAGCCAAGGUUCUCCCGCCUUCCAACCACCAGAGAUCGCGCUGGGGCUGGAGACAUUUCUAGGGUUUAAAGUGGACAUCUGGUCUGCUGGGGUCACACUGUACAACAUGACAACAGGGAAGUAUCCGUUUGAGGGAGACAACAUCUACAAGCUGUUUGAGAAUAUAGGUCGGGGGGAGUACACAAUACCAGAGGAAUGUGGGCCACUAUUAUCAGACUUACUUAGAGGAAUGCUGCAACAUGAACCAGAGCAGAGGUUUACCUUACAACAGUGUAGAAUACAUGAUUGGUGUAGAAAGAAACAUCCCCGGACGGAAGCCGCCACCCCCCUCCCCCCACUCCCAGACACAGAGGACCCCACCCGCAGCAUGACGGUCGUGCCAUAUUUGGAGGAUCUCCAUGGAGACCAGGAUUACGAGGAUGAGGAAGAGGAGGAGGAGAGGGCAAUACAGGACAUGCUGCAGUCAGGGUUUGGCAGGAGAGGACAAGCUUGCCAGGAGGAUGCUGCCCUGGAGCCUGAUGACAAGUCCAGUACGUCCAUACAGCACGGUCAACCCACCACAGCCAGCACUUCCUCCAUAGGCAGCAAGUCUCGAUUCAGCAAGGUUCGCAAAAUCAGCUCCUGCAAACAACAAUGACACAGGUUCCUGUGUUGGGGGGACCCUGGGCAGCCUACAUAUCCACCUUCAGCUGUUAUCUGCUGAUGCAGAGGCAAGGGUACCGGAGCCCUACUGCUGGCAAACCAACCUCUAAAAAACCCAGUCUUUUACUGACUUUCAACUCAACACAACCCAUCACUGGCAAGUCCAAUCACCCUGCACAGUCUGUUUCUGGUAGGCAAACCUCUGACUCAACAUAACCUGGUGCUUCACAACAAAACAUACUGACAUUUGUUCUUUUGGAAAGGAAGACCUCUGACCCCACACAGCAUACUGUGAACAAGAUACCCUCUGACCCAAUGUGACCUGGUGCUGACAUCUGACCCUGUACAGCCUGCUGUGCCAUAUGAACUAUGACCUGACAGUGAGGUGCUGAAAUUGUUUACUCAGAGUGAACUCUAACCUCAUCACCUGGAGGCUAACCUUUGACCUGUGCUUUUCCUGAACUAUGACCUGACAGGUGCUGAAAUUGUCUGUUCAGAGUAAACUUUGACCUGACACCUUAUCACCAGGAGGCUAACCUUUGACCUUGGCUGUUCCUGAACUCUGACCUGAUGAUGAGGGUCUAGAAGGGUUAUGGGACCCUCCAGCCUUUUUUGGCAAGAGCACCAAACCAGGCGGCUUGUUAAACACUUCAAAUUUAACCUCCUAACUACUGUGGCAACCUUUCUUUGCACAAAAGUUGUUAGGUUAUGAGGUUAGGCAGCAGGAAAAAAGUUAACUGAAUGGUGAGAGGUACAUCUUCAGUCUUCAACAGUGGUAGUUCAUAGUAUACUGUCUUAUAUUGCUUGGUACUCAGGCCAUGUUGUCCCUACCUGUAAGUUGGUUAUAUAAGUAACAGCUGUGUAUCACUUUGUUCAGCCUAUUGUUAUCUCAGUAUUAUCAGGACAUGUCAUGUGAAGAAGAUUGCUGUCAGACAAGCACAUCGGCAGAACGUACUGCACCUGUGCAAAAGCUGUGAUGUAUUCUGCAUAGCACUUCGGCAGAAUGUCUUACAUAAGGUGAUAUUCACGUAUAUAAGGUAUAUACAUCCCGUCUGUUAGUAGUUUCCAAAUGUUCUGUCAGAGAAGAUGUCUUCUGCCACAGGCAAAAUUGACCAAAAAUCGUGAAAACAAAAACCAUGAAAAAUCAGGGUUUCGCGCAGGCACAGUAUGUUCUGCCGACGUACUUGUCAGAGAACAAAUGUAGGCUCCUUGUUGUACCCAGGUUUACAUUGUACUGUAGACUUCUGUCCUACAACAGUGUACAUGUCUGUGUGUGCUGCCCAGUGCUCUCCUGUAACAAGGUAAAACAGCUGUUUCAAAAGAAACUAAAAAAAUAACAAAACAGCAUUACCUAUAAUCUAGGUCAACGUGGUGAAAAUAAGUUAAACACAUUUGGAUACCACCUAACUACUGGACCCAAAAGAUUCACACUUUUAUACAGCUUGUAGUUAAAACUGAGUAUAUGAAGUACACAAAAAAAUGUCUUGUAUGUAUGAAAAUGCAAAUUUAUCCAUGGAAUAUACAUAGCAUGUACGAAUAUGUAUUAUACACUUCAGAGUGGAGGAACUAUACUAUAGAGCAGCUACUUGUACUGAAUGUCUUGCCUACGACUGCUGUAGAGGAUGUACAUGUACAUGUAUACUUCACCGUUUAUACAUAGAUUAUGCUGUAUAUAGAGCUUUCAGUAAAGAAGACAUGAUGCUAUAUAAACUGCCAAUGACAACAGUUGACUCUUUGUUAUUGAUCAUUGUUCGUGUACCAUAAGGGCACAGCAAGUAAAUUUUAUGGAUGACAUCCUUCACAGAUUCCAAAUCUAAUGCGAGCGGGCAAGAAAAAAAGG